GUUGAGAAUUAUCUGUAAUAUCUCGGUACAGUGAAAACAAAUUUACCCCUGAUGGAAUGGUACAUCCCGGCUGGGAUUUUCCACCACGUGAGGAGGCGGGCCCAUAAAACUCUUUGACUAGUCGACUGGAAAAGUACUUUAUUCCCACACGACUCGGAAAUCGUUAGCAAGGUAUCCUUUUGAAAGUUAUCAUACAGUAGUGAUGGGUCAUCCAUGGGGAGGCAGAGAUGCAGUCAUGGCUCAUCUUCGGCAGUGUGCGGUGAAUCAGGUCAACGACCCAGGGUUGCACAUCAUGGGGUUGCACAACAAGAAGCUGGACAACCAAGAGUCCACUCAGGAGGACACCUGUUCCGACCCCAAAUCCCAGACCAACAGGGAUUCCUCCAGACAGCCCGGCUCCAUCAUCUCAAGGCAGACAGUAGGCAAUAACCACACUGCACAGCUGACUACAGAGAUGCUGAUGGAAAUCUUCCUGUAUCUGGAUUAUGAAGACUUGUUGACAUGCCAACAUGUGUGCAAAAGAUGGCAGGCGGUCCUGUGUGAAGGGUUCUUCUGGAAGUGCCUGACUUUCUUCAGCUUCAGUUUCCGAGAGGAAGACGAGGGAUCGACCUCGGGGUCACUGACGGAGUGGAGAACCGCCUGGAACGACGAGCCAAACUUCUUCUUUGGCAUUCAGGCUGCUGUGCCCAAGGGAGCAGUAUUCACCAAGCUUCCACAGAGAUGGAGAAAUGGCAUCCUGUGCCCAUCAUCAGAGGACAUCAAAGAUGAAAUUCAGGACUACCAGCACUUCUACCGAGCUGUCCACGCCCUCUCCAACAUCCACUCCUCCAUACAGAGACUCAACCUCUUCUACUCUGGUUCGACAGAGUUUGGGUGGAAGAACAGAGGUAGAAGUGCCAUAGACACCUGCCUGUUCCCAUGGCAUCAUGACGGACUUCCUACAGCAGAGGAGUUACUGGAAACUUUCCACAUCAACCCUCUUCUCAGGGAUUCUGUGAAGUAUGAGAAGAAGAAGGGAGACUUUGGAGGAUAUAACCAGCUGUCUCACAUCUUCAGCUCGCGCUCCUACAGUGGGGAAGUCAUGAUGUUCUACGACUCUGUACAGAGGCUUCUCUGCCCAAGGAAUGAGUACAUUCAGGUGUGUGUGAAUGUGAGAGACCCCACCCACAUGCAGUGUCCAUCCCCAGUGUUCAUCCUGGCCUUCCUGUCACCAGGGUGGGUGGGCGGAGUCAUGACUGGACUCUGGUAGUCUGUCUCCUGUCAUCGCUUACUAACUAGCCAUCAACAGUUUAGGUUUCAUAGUGAAAUCCUGACCAAACCUGUACUGUAAUUACUUGCCUUGGUUAUUUCCAUUAAUUGCAAUUGUUUUCUAAGAAAACUUUGAUAGAAAGGCAGGAUAGCUGCAGUUAAAAGGCCAAUAUGUAUGAUACCCAAAGUUGUGCAAGGAAUAGUCUAGAAUGGGUAGAAAUACAGUCAAAUCUGCUCAUGGGAAUGAAAAUAAAUUAUUUAGACAGAUGGUCUAAGGCACCACCAAAAAGGAGUCACAUUGGACAAGUGGUCCCCAUGUAGAGGUGGUCAGUUGUACAGGUUUGACUUUCUAGUAUGUUUUUCCGAUCAUGUCUUCUGUGGAUUUUAUGUUGUACAUUGAUCCACAAUGUAUAUACUUUGUGCAAACAGAUGAUACAUAAUAUUAUGUAAAAUGCAUAAAUCUCAUAUAUACACAGUUAGUGGUAUAACCACACAAUUCCUAGACUUUUUUUUGCCAAAUGUGAAAUUUUGACAGGUUGAACAAUGAGUAUGUGCAACUAUCAAAAGAAAGUAGUCAAAGUGAAAAUUGUGAAUUUUUAUACAGCUGUGCUUGAUAAUCUUUUGUGAAGUCUGGAUUAUGCUGCAAUAAUACAAGCUUAGGGAAAGCUGUCAGCUAGUACAGAUUUACGUGAAAAUCAUGAUCUUGGUGUUCCUGAAUAUUGUUGGACAACAUUGUGGUUGUUUCCCUACAAACAUACCAGUCUAUAGUAAGAACACUAAUGAUUGGUAAUAAUUGACUAUUGAGUGUAAUAUAUUUUGUUUGAUCUUGAUACUGUAACAAAUAUGAGAGUAUAGAGAUUCAAGACUUUGUUAUAUGAAUUUGUUUAUUUGAAACUUAAAUGUAACAUGAGGUGUAUUUGAAACUUAAUGUAUACUUAAUGUAACAUGAGGUGUUUGACCAGUAUUUGGUAUUCAUUUAUAUAGCCACAAAGUACCAUACUCAAUGAUUGUAUAACAAUCUCAUGAAACCAUUAUGACUUGACUACUAAGUAAAAUGUGCUAUUAAAAUACCUAUUGUACAUCAAAAUAAAGAUGAUAUUGUUAUGAAUUGA